AUUGGACCAGCGGUUGGUGACAUACGUUCGAGGUGUUUGAGGCUGUCUGAUGAAAGUACUUCAGAAGCACUUGCUGUUAGGCGGUUGCUCGGCCAUCGUUUACCUAUUGAUGCACAUAAGGCCAAGAAAGAUUGGUACGAUAUUGUGGAAGGUGAUCAUCCACUAUGGGAUGGUGUAUCAAGACCCUAUAGUGAAACAAUCCGCGCUUUCUUGAUAUACUUUCAGAAUGAGAUACUUAGACGACCUAAUGAGAGAUUUUGCUUCAGCAAUGGAAGCAUUGGGAACUUCUUCUUUGCUGGAGCAAGGAUAUUUUUCCAGUCUUUAGAUGCAGCGAUUUUUCUGUUUUCACGCGUUUCAGAGAUCCCUUGUAACAGUUUGGUCCUCCCAGUGAUAUCAACCAAUGAUAGGCUUACACUAGGAUGUGAACUACAGGAUGGGACUAUUAUACGCGGACAGAAUGAAAUCUCUCACCCGACCAAUGGGACUCCGCAGACUGUUGACAAGAGGCAUUGUUCUACUUCAGCUCUUCCAUCGAAGAUAAAGAGAGUGUUUUACAUGUCAAGUGAAGGCAAUAAUCUGCUUCAUGAGGUCUUCCCACCAGUUAACCCAACUGUCUUGGAGCAGUUGAGAAGCGUGGACUGUAUCGUUUACGCUAUGGGAUCUUUAUUCACUUCCAUUUGUCCAUCACUGGUUCUGCUUGGUGUUGGAGAGAUUAUCUCUUCCAGGUCAUGUCGUAAGGUACUUCUGUUGAACGGUAGUCAAGACCGAGAAACAAGCGGCUUCACUGCUUCCUGCUUUGUGACUGCUAUUGCUGACGCUCUCAAUAGGACUCCUGGAGAUCCUAAGAUCCGGCUCAAGAAUCUCCCUGCAUAUUACAUCAACACACUCUUGGUCCCGAAAGAUAAAGAAAUAGUGGUGGAUCUCAAACAAUUGUCUGAACAAGGGAUCAACGAUGUUAGAGUUGUGGAGAGUGUUGUUGACCCGAAGCACGGUAUCUUGUUUAGCCCGAGCACUCUGACAAACACACUAGCCAGUUUGGUGGUGUAAAUAGUGAUUCUUUAGGCCAGAGCUAGUUUCUUCAUCUACGGAAUUGAAACUAAGAAGUUGUUGGUAUUGUUUAUUUUUUUGAUCCUUUUAUGACUUGAUAUAAAAGGUUAUGAAUGGUCAAUGAUCAUAUUCUUAGCUUAGUAAAGACAAAGGCCUCUCGUUCUCUCGGAGUUGGAUCAUAUGUUGUGUGAUGGAACAAGUACCGUAAACAGAGUGUUGUUAGAAGAACAAGAUUUCUUCCCUAAAGAAUGGUUUUUUAA